CUGUCUGUCGGUGUGUCCGUGCUUGCCGUGCCGUGUCGGUGUUGCUGCCGGUGCGGUCCCGGGCCGCCUCAGGCUCAGCGACUGUAAGAUUCAGAUAUGUUCCUAUUUGAUUGGAUUUACAGUGGUUUCAGUAGCAUAUUACAGUUUUUAGGACUGUACAAGAAAUCAGGCAAACUCGUGUUCCUUGGACUGGACAAUGCUGGGAAAACUACACUGCUGCACAUGCUCAAAGAUGACAGACUGGGGCAACACGUGCCCACGUUACACCCCACUUCAGAAGAGCUGACAAUUGCUGGCAUGACUUUCACUACCUUUGAUCUGGGUGGCCAUGCUCAAGCUCGCAGAGUGUGGAAAAACUACCUGCCCGCAAUUAAUGGCAUUGUGUUCUUGGUGGACUGUGCAGAUCAUGAAAGGCUGCUUGAAUCAAAAGAAGAACUUGAUUCACUAAUGACAGAUGAAACUAUUGCUAAUGUGCCUAUCCUAAUUCUUGGUAACAAGAUUGACAGACCAGAAGCCAUCAGUGAAGAAAGGUUACGAGAGACAUUUGGUCUGUAUGGCCAGACAACAGGAAAGGGCAGCACCCCCCUGAAGGAGCUGAAUGCCAGGCCCCUGGAGGUGUUCAUGUGCAGUGUGCUCAAGAGGCAGGGCUAUGGGGAGGGGUUCCGCUGGAUGGCCCAGUACAUCAACUGACCCUGCCCCUCGCCUGCUCCUCGUGUGAUCACUCAGUGUACGUCACUUGAAUCCAUCUGACUGUUCAGUUAGAAAAAAAUACACCUUUUUAGCUAAUGAUGUCAUUGAUGCUAAAUUAUAAGUGUGGAGGAUCGAAAAAAUUAUUUCGCCUUUGUAAGUUGAAAUACCACAACCUGUGAGCUUUCUAAUCCCUUUUGCAGCUUUUUAAUUUAAUGAGUCUCCAGCACCAUUUUUUUGGUCAGGGCGACUUUCCAGUACAGUACGUUUGAAUGCACUUUUUAACAGCUAAAAACGAUGAACAUGUGAAAGAAAAGAAAAAAAAAAAAUAUUUAAUGCUUAUGUUAAAUUUUUUUAUGUACUUUUUUGAAACUGGUUUUAUAACUUUAGAGUAUAUAACCAUCUUUCAAGGAAUAAUAAAUAAUUAGCUGAUGGAUAAUUGCAUGAUGCCUUACAGUUUUCAAUAAUACACUUUCUUAUGCAACGUCAUGCAAUAAAUUCAAAUCCAGUUUUUUGGCAACUUCAAUGGGAAAUGUUUCGUUUUAAUGUGUCUUAACUAGUGAGGCUGCCUGGUGAUCUGAAUAUGUGGGAUAUUUUCCUGGAACACAGCAGGCCACAAAGUUUCAUUGUUGGUUAGAGUAAGGUGGGUUUUUUUUCAGACUACCAAAUUGCAUUUGUUUUAGGAUUUUGCGUAGUAAAGGAAAAAUCCAAUGUGCUGCCCUUCAAGUACAAAUAAUGUCAAUUAGCUGUGCCAAAGUAAAUCUUAAACUAAUAUCAGAAGUGGUCUUAAUCUACUGGUCUCUGGAAUUAAACCCCUGAUGUGGAACAAGAAAUACAGUUUCUUUCUGAAGAAAAAAUUAAGAAUGUCA